AUCAAAUGACGUGUAAUCUUAGGAAGCUCUUGAUAUGUGACGUGUAGUCUUAGUCUGGCUCCAACCCUCGAGAACAAGCCAGACCGACUCAGGGUCAGUUAAGAUUGACAGAGAGAGAGAGUGAGAGAGAGAGAAACAGGGAACACAGAGAGUUGUUUGAAUAAAAUGGCGCUUGAGAAGGGAAGGUACUGUGUAACAGGGGCUGGCGGGUUCGUUGCGUCGUGGGUCGUUAAGCUUCUGCUUUCCAAGGAUUGCACUGUCCACGGCACCGUUAGAGACCCCAGCAAUGACAAGUACGCCCACUUGAAAAAACUUGACAAGGCAUCUGAGAACCUUAAACUAUUCAAAGCCGACUUAUUGGACUAUGAAUCCCUUCGUGCAGGGAUUCUAGGAUGCGGCGGAGUGUUUCAUGUUGCUAGUCCAGUCCCCUCCACCACUGUGCCAAAUCCUGAGGUAGAAGUUAUUGAACCUGCCGUGAAGGGAACACUUAAUGUACUUAAAGCAUGCCUUGAAGCAAAAGUCAAACGAGUUGUUUUUGUGUCCUCUGUUUCUGCUGUGAUCAUGAAUCCUAGGUGGUCUGAAGGUCAAUUGUUGGAUGAAACUUGUUGGUCGGAUAAGGAAUACUGCAGAAAAACUGAGAAUUGGUAUAGUCUUUCAAAAACUUUAGCAGAAUGGGAGGCUCUGGAGUUUGCAAGAAGAAAUGGGCUUGACUUGGUAACUAUUUGUCCUACACUUAUUUUGGGGCCAAUUCUGCAGUCCACUGUAAAUGCAAGUACCCUGGUCCUCAUCAAGCUUUUGAAAGAAGGGUAUGAGUCAUUGGAAAACAAGGUCCGAAUGAUAGUUGAUGUGCGGGAUGUAGCUCAAGCAGUCCUUCUAGCGUAUGAGAAGCCCGAGGCUGAAGGAAGAUACAUAUGCACAGCCCGCCAUAUCAAGGCAAGAGAUCUCGUGGAGGAGCUGAGGAGCAUUUAUCCUGGCUACAAUUAUCCUAAGAACUUUAUUGAAGUAGAAGAACAGCAGCGGUUGAGCUAUGAGAAACUGCAGAGGCUGGGUUGGAGUGUCCGGCCAUUGAAGGAGACGCUCAUUGACUCUGUUGAAAGCUACAAAAAGGCUGGAAUCUUAGAUUGAAAAGAUACUACAUGCUCUGAACCCAUCUUACAAAGAGGAAAGUUUGGCUUGCUGCAAUUAGCUUGGAGUCCACCCUAUUAUAUAUGUUACGUUUCUGUCUUGCUUCCUCUUCCCUUUAAUACACAAGCCUUUGGACCGUGGAGAAGGCUUUAUCUUUUCUCCCACGUUCUCCCCUUAAUUACCUGACAUUGACAACAGGUUGGGCAGACCAAAGGCUAGACAUUAAUGGCUGCAUGUUCAGCCACCCUAUAUAGAACCAUAGAGUAGGUACUCCCUGAAACAAGUCAACAAUUGUCCUUAAAUGCUCUCUUAGUUUUCCAGCAGCUUGCCACCCUUCAUUUAUUGUAUCUUUAUGUGAGCCAACUUUUCCAACACCAUCUUCUUCUCAUCUUCCAUAUGAAUUCUUGUUUAUGAAUUGUCCAAGAUAUUUAGAACCUUGGUUUUUAUGUAAAAUUUGAAAGUAUGUUGUUCUUGA